UAGUACCGAACCCUUACUUCACGAAUACAACACAUCACGCCACCAUUCUCUUUAGCGUGCCGCUCCAGCUGCUGUCAGACACCUGCCGAUGCAGCGCCGCUCCCACACGGACGAGCGCGACCUGCUUCCGACUCUCGCUCGCAGCGCUCGACGCUCGCCCUUCAGUAGUCCACACGCUAUGCCGCGCCGGAUCCCGCGCCCCGUGCUGUUGCUGCUGGCGCUGGGCGGGCUGGGACUGCUCGUUGUCACUGCCAACUUCAUCUUCACAUGGCGUGCCACGUCAGUCGCCCGUGCCCGCGCCGAGGAGCACCUCGCGAGUCUGCGAGAAACCCCUGGGGGCGCUAAUACUAGAGGCAAGAAUGGAAAUAAUGCCCUCGACGCUCAGAACACAGGCGAUAACCCGCAGCUGCAGGAAGAGCGCGACCAGUUCUCAGCCGACGACGUGCAGCUCAUGGAGAAACAACUCGUGUACACGCUCCACCAGACGGCGCAGCGCACGACCGAGAAGCGCGGUAUUGUGCUGCCAAUGUUUGACGGUAUUGCAGCGCUCGGGCUGUCGCUCAUCAUGGAGCUGAGGGCCAUGAGCGUGGACCUGCCCAUUGAAGUGCCACACUGCGGAGAUUUAAAGGACUCGCUGCAGCGUAUGGUACUAGAAAAAGAAGACAUGGGUAUCAUCCGCUUCUACGACGUGUGUGAGCUAGCCUCGCAGACCGUCAGUACGCUAGAUGCAUCGCGUAAAGUUUUCUGCCAAAGUUUGCGUAAUUGUCAUCGUUCCUACAGAUCCUUCGACGUCAAGCUACUGGCGAUGACGUACUCGCAAUUCGAGGAGAUUAUGCUACUUGAUGCCGACACGCUCUUCUUUGAGAGCCCCAUGUCUCUCUGGGAAACCGAGAAGUACCGCAACACCGGCACACUGUUUUUCCAUGACCGGUUAAGCCAGGACAACAUGUUCCUCGGCAACCGGAUUCGCGGCAACAAGGAUGUAAGCGAACUAAAUCAGUAUAUCUCGCGGUUCGAUGUGUCUCCGUUUGCACCGCUUGGCAAUAUUGAGCGUCCGAAAGCGAUGAGUCUGAGCAAGAUCCCAGUGGAACUCAACAACUAUUCGCCAAGUGAGCAUCUACUGACGAGCCACUCGUGGAACCACCGUGCAGGACACGAAAUGGACUCGUCGCUGGUGCUGUGGAACAAGAAACGACAACCGCGUGCAACGGCGAUACUCGCGGCGUUUGUGGCGCUUAAUGGCAUUGGUCGACCACCUUCGUAUGGCGACAAGGAGCUGUUCUUCAUAGCGGUUGAACUUGCCGAGACGCAGUACGCCUUCUCUGAUUUCGGUGUGGGUGGCGUGGGCUGGGAUUUCCGGGACAACGGGCCGGGCAAGUCUGUAGUUUGCGGCCACGCCUCGCACUACUAUCCGGUUAAACCGGAAGACGCUAGUGCUGUGGCGAACACUAGCGUGUUGUACCUGAACAGCGACGCCAUUCUGGAGUACAACCCGAAGAAGAAACCGGUGUAUUACAGCCAGGCACGGUUAUACGAGGUGUACGCCGGCUCUUUCGUUGAGCGCGAUCUGCCUCAGGAGUGCCCAUUCGACGUUACGGGCGUGCGCUUCUCAUCUGAUCAGGAAGACCGCAUGCUGCUGCGCCAGCGUUUCCAUGAGAUCGCAGUAGCUUGGAUGGAGUAGACACCGCGAUCAACACUAGAAAGUAAGCAAUCCCGACAGAGGAGUAAUGAAUACAUGUACAUGUUCAUAUAAA